GCGCGCACGCGUGUGCCCGUGUUGUUUUAGUAACAGGCUCUCUUCCCACCUCAGUCAUUGGUUUGCUCACUCUUAUGUGGUGAAUCAAUGCUUCCAGAGCAGGGGCUUCUGAAAGACUUCGGGAACAAUUACUUCCAAAUGACCUCCUGCAUCUUAGCGGGGAGCAUUGAGACCACACCCAAGGUCUCUCCUGGAGAUUCUGAAGCCAAACCUCUGAUCUUCACCUUUGUCCCCACGCUCAGAAGACUACCAACCCACAUUCAGUUGGCUGACACUUCUAAAUUCCUUGUUAAAAUUCCCGAGGAACCAAGUGAUAAGAGUCCAGAAACUGUAAAUAGGUUUGAGCACAGUGACCAUAUGACCUUCGGCUGUGAGAGAAAACAGGAGAGGGACCAGAGGACACUGGCCUAUCCCACAGAAGUCAGUGGAAGGAAUUCACAAAGAAAGGAAUUUGAUACAAAGGAGCUUCAAGGAAUGCAGAAAGGUGAUCUUUUCAAGGCAGAAUAUGUUUUUAUUGAGGAUUCUGAUGGGGAAGAUGAAUCUACAAACAAACAAGGUGAACGGGGUCCUGCAGGAGGAACAGGCAACAUGGCUACUCGGCCCAAGUCUCUGGCUAUUUCUUCCAGUCUGGCCUCUGAUGUGGUACGUCCGAAAAUACGAGGGGUUGAUCCCAAGGCCUCCUCACAUGCUGAAAUUCCUCAUGGGAUGGCCCCUCCACAAAAGCAUGGACAGAAAACGUCACCCGUCCCAGCUAACGUCAGCGUCAGCGGAGCCUCUGUGCUAGAGGAAUUUCACACUCGCAGGCUGGAUGUCACUGGGGCCUCGGUGGAAGAAACAGCUGCGUAUUUUUACACCACUGCUCACGAGUCCCCCCUUUCCGCACGGAAGGGCGCUUCGGCCUUAGUGUUUUCUCCUUCCACUCAACUGCCAGGUUCUAGUUCACGCGGCUCGCAUGUCGCUGAUCACCCACGUGGGCUGGCCUCUGAAGCACAGAAGAGCAUGUCAACUUCGCAUGUCCUUAAUCCCAGGGAAGAUGUGAGAACCUCCCCUUCACCUGCCUCUGGUGCUUCCCCGAAGUCACCUUCAGCAUCCUACAUACCUGUCCGAAUUGUCAUGCACUCACUGUCUCCAAGUCCCAAACCGCUUACCUCCUCCUCUCCCCACGGCUCUUUAUCUACUGUCUGUAGCCAGACAUCAUCCAGCGGAAGCCUUUCAAAGUCUGGGCUCAAGUCCCCUGUACCCUCUCGGCUUUCUCUUCUCACUGCUAUCCUCAAGUCAAACCCUUCUCACCGAAGGCCGUUGUCCCCUGCAUCCUGCCCAACCUUCUCCCUCAGUUCCCUGGCUUCUUCCACUCUUACACUUGAUCAGAAAGUAAAGCAAACUCCGUCCACACCUAAGAAAUCCUUCUCGAGUUGCUCCUUGACAGCUGGGUCUGCAGAGCAGAGAGAACACCAAGCUCCCGAAGAGACCCACAAAUCCCUCCACCUCCCCUUCUUUCCCAAGCCUACCCCAUUUUCUCAGAUGCACCCCCUCGCCCCGCCAGCACCUGCCAGUAGCAGCUGUGCUUCUGCGGAUGUAGAGAAGAUGCCAGGAGGCUCUCUGAGGAGCAGUGCAACUCUCCCCCAGUUACAGACUGAGACAGUCAGCCUUGCCGAUGUCCCCUCUGUUGCACCAGGCUUGUCCUCUCUUUCUUCUUCCAAGGGCGGAACGGAUGGUGACCUCAGGGGUCCAGAAAAGAACAGGGAUCUUUGCAUACAGCCUUCUACCUUGUUAUCCUCUGCACCGCCUGUUACCGAGAGCACUGUCCCUUCCUCUCCAGAGAAAUGUUUCCACCCUUCCCCAGCCCUCUCAGACCUGAUAGACAGAUCCAAAAGAACAUGCUUUCCACAACACUCAGGCCAGCAGCAGAGCCUUUCAGUUCGUCCUCCUACCAUCUCCAGUGCUGGCUCUGCUUCUCCUACCAACUUGGCGCUCUCCGUUCUCCCUCCUGAGAGUUCACCCACCCAGGUACUCCAGCCUAGGCCUUCAUCACUUUACCCAAGUUGUGGGAGUGGUGCAUGUCCUUCAAGAACUGGGAUGCCUGAAAAUACAACAUCCAACCACAGCUCACUUGUUCCAACCCCAUCACUUCCUGUCUCUCUAACAAGAACCAAGGAGCUGAUGUCACCUUGUGUCCUGUCCAUGUCAACAGGCCCUGAAAAUAAGAAGCCUAAGCAAUACAAGACCAAGUCAAGCUACAAGGCCUUUGCAGCCAUCCCUACAAACACAUUGCUCUUGGAACAGAAGGCACUAGAUGAACCCGCCAGGACUGACAGCAGCUCCAAGCCCAGUGUACUAGACCUACCAGUGGAGUUGUGCUCUCCUGCACAGCUCAGGCAGCAAACUGAAGAGCUCUGUGCUACUAUUGAUAAGAUCUUGCAGGACUCCUUCUCUAUGCAUUCUUCUGAUUCUCCUUCACGGCCCCCACAGGCAAUGUUGGGUUCUGAAACAAUCAAAACUCCUACAACUCAUCCAAGAGCCGCUGGCCGAGAAACUAAAUAUGCAAACCUUUCGUCAUCAUCGUCUACAGUGUCUGAGAGUCAACUGACUAAACCUGGAGUGAUUCGCCCAGUACCUGUAAGAUCCAAACUGUUACUGAGGAAGGAGGAAGAAGUUUAUGAACCCAACCCUUUCAGCAAAUACCUUGAAGACAACAGUGGCCUGCUUUCUGAACAGGAUGUGACCAUCCCUCACAAGCCUGUCUCUCUCCAUCCUUUAUAUCAGUCUAAACUCCAUCCUCCUGCUAAGUCCCUACUGCAUCCACUGACCCUCUCUCAUGCUGAUGGUCUUACCCCAGGACCCUUCAGUCAUUUGUCUUCCUUCUCCCUGAGGGAUGAACAGGAGAAAUCCCCCACUCUCCUUAGUCAGGACACAUACAAUAAGCUGGGCCUCUUUUCUGUGAAGUUGGGUCAUCCCAUGGUGGCAAUUCCUGAACAUGACACUCUUGACUUUAAAGAGUAAUGAAGCUGGAGCAGAAGUGGGAACCAGUCUGCUGAAGAGUUUUUGGAAUGCCAGUGCUUGAUAGAUUUAGCUCAUGCUUUUUUGGAAUGAGUGCUGGGUUGGUAAGCUCAGCCCAGCGGGAGCACCGGGAAGGUCUGCAGCAGCCACAUAGCAUCAGCACACUCCACAA